AUUUUGAACGUGGACGGUACUUUUUAGAAUGACAGACUAUUUCAAUUUGCUUCCCUCUGAAAUAUCAGGACUUGUCCUCGGAUUUUUGCGAGAUAGCAAUUGCGUUAUCGCUGCUGGUGCUUUCCUUCGAGAAAACGUCCACUUAUCUGAAUUUCGUUAUCACUAUGCAUCAGUGAAUGAGAUACCUUUGUAUUUCAGAGAAUUAACUUUGCUGGAUAUUAUUCAUGAUUAUAUUCAUAUUGUGAAUGAAGUCAUCCCUCAUUUAAAAAAGGCCAAUCUUCCAUGGCAACUGGGGAAUCUAAAUGCUUCCAUAGCACAAUUUUUGCAGUCAUUUCCUGAAACUUGUUCAUCAAAUUUACGACCGAAAUCAUUUCGUCCUAUUCAUCCUGUUUGGAUGCCCUUAGGAAAAUCCUAUGUACCGCCUAAAAUAAUACCUGCUGAUAAAUCCACUACAGUUCGACCUCCGCUUGCUACCGUGAAACCAAAUGUAACAAUAGCUUCAUUACCUAAUAUAAUAAGUUCGAAUUCAACCAGUGGGAUAGGUGCUGGUACUGUAUGUUCACUAGACAAUAAUUCAACUGGUUCAAGAGCCAGUCGACCAGUGUUACGAAUAUAUAGACAACCAUUAGCAGCUAACAAAACAAAUGUAUUCAAUUUUGAUCUGUGUAGCAGUAGCUUGCCAAAUUCCUCAUCUCAUCAAGCAUCACAGUGUAACAUAGUUGCGUCAAAAUCUAAUGCUAAUCCUAUGCAAUCUAUGGUUCGUUUACAAAACAAAACAAAACGUGUAUCAGAGACAUUACCUACUACUACUACUACUGUUACUAGUAACGGUAAUAGUGAUGUUCUAUCCCUGUCAACACCUUGUAAUUCUGUGAUAUUUCAUCAAUCGCCUAUAUCUAUAACAACAUCAGAAGGAACGAUGAAUGAUGCCACUGUUCAAUCUAUAGGUGUGAUCAACCAAAACGAAAAUAUUACUUCACAACAAAUAUGUCUUAAUGCUCAGUCAAAUGAUAUAAGCGAUCAUCAACAGAUUUCUGAUAAUAGUUCCAUAUUUUCGGUGUUUUCAUUGCUACCGCCGCCGGCAUCAUCAGAGACGUUAGUUACAGAUAUGGUGAUUUAUCCUGUAAUAACAUGUGAAGAUAAUCUGAAUGAUGCGAAAAGUACUGAUCUUGUUUCAACUAGGCGAAAACGAAACCAACCACCACGUCAGUUAUCACCUGGAUCUGGCGUCGGAAGUACAAUAUUUAGUUUAACUAACAGUUAUGAAGAAGAAUUAGAUAUGGAGCGUUUCUUAUCUGCAUUGUUUAAUAAUGCUGAACAAGUAGCUACACGCAUUAAUGCUGAAGUUGGCAUUUUAACACGUAAUCCAUUAUCAUAUAAUGAUAAUGAUAAUCGUUGUAAUUGGCCUGAAACGACUAAUACUUAUGAGAUUGUUUCUAUUCAUCCAUCUAAUAAUAAUGACAAUAAUAAAAUAGUGAAUUGUUCAUUGGAUAAUAAUCAAUCUCAACCACUCACAACAAAUACUUCUUCAUCAUCAUCAUUAUCAUCUACCGGCGUAAAAUUAUCCACAUCAUUUGUUUGUCAAGAUUUUAAUUCAGAUACUUCAGAUAAUAUGCAAUUAUGGAAUGAUUGGUUUGGUAUAAAGGGGGAUUUAGACACAUGUAUUGAUCAUUUGUUAUCAGAUCUUGAAUCUAUCGACAUUUUCACGUCCACAGUCAAUACCACAACUGUCACUAAUACUACUUCAACUGUGAGUUCUACGAUUCCCAACCAAAAUGUUAAUAAUACAACAAUAAUUGAAACACUAAUCGAUAUUGAUCAAUGUUCGCAUCAAUCGUCUGUUGUAACAACAUCAUCAAAUGAUAUUAUUACCUCAGGUCCUAGCAAUGUAUCUCACAAAUUGAUAUCGUCUCCUUCAUCAUCACUAUCAGACUGUGUUAUUAAUGUCACCGUCAAUGAUAAAACACUAGCAAUGUCUAUUACUUCAGCGACAAUAACGAGUACUUCUGACUUAUUUCAUCCUAAUUCACCAAUAUUAUCUACACUAUUAUGUGACAAUACUGGGAACAAUAGUAACAAUGAUGAUGUUAAUAAUAAUAAUGAUAAUAAUGAGUCACUUAUUAUUUCUAGCAUACCUGAUACUAACUUGAUGAUGAAGACUCCUAUAAUUUCUACUCCUGUUACAAUUACUACUUCUACGGUUACUAAUCAACAUCUUGUUCAUAAUGUCUGUAAGCGAUUGAUUACAUCAUUACCGUCAUCAUCUUCAUCACCAUUUUGUUUCAGUCAGUUGGUUAAUAAUAAUUCACAAAAUUUUCCAAGUAAACGUCAAUGUCUACGUCAUUCUGAUAAUGUAAAUAAUAUUAAUAAUAGUACUACGAAUAUUAAUACUAAUAAUAAUUUACCACCAAUUUUAAUUACACCGGAUUCAAAGAAAAAUCAUGUCAAUGAACAUAAUGAUAAAUUAUUGUAUGAAAAUUUGCCAAGCUGUAAAUUGUUUAAAGGAAAUACUAAUAAAGAUUCAUUUCAACAUCAUUCAAAUGAUCAUCAUCUUCAGUCCACUUAUCUAUUAUCAUCACCUUCUUGUUAUUAUUCUAUUCCACAGAAUUCAAAUGCUCAAACUGUAAUUAGUAGUGCUACGAAUACAUGUAUGACAGCUUAUCUAUUAAAUAAUCCUUUAUCAAUUAUUGAUUUACGUCAAAUUGCACAGAAUAAUAAUAAUACUGGUAUAACUAUCACUAAUGAGAAUAAUUACAAUAAUCCAAUUACUUUUUAUACAACAAAUAACAAUCAUAAAUUAUUAUCAUCAACAAUUGAGAAUCAUGUUAAUUAUGUAGAUUUAAAUAAUAAUUCCCUGAUAAAUUUGAUACCUGUCAGUUAUAAUUCAAAUUUAACACCAUUUAUUAUGAAUAAUACAUUAAUUAAUACAACAUUAUCUACAAUAACAAUGACUACCGACAGCAAUAUGACUUCGAAUGCUUUUGUUAAUCUUCCUUGUAAUACUGUUAGCACAUGUACUACUACUACUACUACUAGUAAUAAUAAUAACACAGGAUCGACUACUGAUGUUGUCACUGCUGCAGUUAUCACUACUGGUAUAAGUGGUGAUUAUAUACAAACUAUCAAAGUUGGUGAUAAUAAUAGUAAUAGGUGUUAUUCAAAGAGUUCAUUGUUAAUUGAUGCAAAAGAAAAUCAUCCACCAACACCGGCACUUAUUGUUCAAGUAAGUUGACGAUGUUAUUCUCUUCUUCACAUAUGUAUAUCUCUCUAUUGUGAUUUUUAAAUGAAUGUCAGAUGACUGAGCUUGGGACUGUAUGCUUGGAUGAUGAUAACGUAUUGGUCUCUAUAAUGGUUAGGUAUUUGUCCUAAGAUCUGAAUGUCCUGUGUUCGAUUUCUAACUGGCCUUUGGGUGGACAUUGUUAAGAAGUCUCAAAUUAGAAUCGAAGUAGUUAUGGAGUAUCCCCUGUGUUUUGAAUGCUCUGUCAAGUGAGAUCCAUCUGUGACGGAUAUAUAGUCUAGAAAAGGAAAUACCAUUUCUUUGAAAAUGGUAGUGGAUAUGUACUUUAGUAAACAGGAUCAGCUAGUAUGAGACAUAGGUGUUGAACUUCUAUUCGAUAACCUUCCAUCGUCCAACGGCGAGACUAUAAUUUAUGGACGAACCAAUCAGGUAUAAGAUAACAGGUCUCGGAUUUUGGCGCGAAAUUCACCCUAAAUCUCAUUCCCAACCUUAACCAUCAACUGUAAAUCAUAAUUCUAAUUCCUCAUACAGAUUCAUAACCCUCAUUUAGUCCUAGUUAUUAGGUGAAGAUUCUCAAGGUCACUUUAGUGCCGCUCAAAGGUCGUCCAUAAAUUAUAGUCUCACCUAUUUGUGUACUGGUAGUGAUCAAUUAUUUUCCAAUCCAUUAAUUUUACUUAACUUCACUAUUUUUUUUUAAAUACAUGUUGAAUGAUAAGAUUAUCGUAAUGAAAUUGUGCCUUUUUUGAGGAAUAAUUUUAUCAUCAGACAUUUUUAUAACAUGUUUAGUUAUCUAAUUAAUUACGAUUUUGCCAAUGAUACACUGUAAACGUCUAUAAAUUAAGUUGUGCCGAGUGUGAUACUUUUUCUUAUAAUGGAUUUAUUUCGUGAGAUUUUGUGUCGUUUCAAAGAACAUCUAAGCUACAUAAAAGGAUCUUAUCAAAAUCUUAUGGAAUUUGAGAAUUAACUAAUCAAAUGAACCAAAUCUUCAACAAAUCAUUAGAUCUACAUGGAAAAUAUCAGAAUAAUUCUCCCAUUUGGGAGAAUCUUAGACGUUAUUGGUUCGUGGUAUCUCUUAGUACCCUUCCCAAGGACAGUCUUAUGCUGUAUAUAUAUGUUUGAUUUGUGCCUGUUGUUAUCGCUCAUGCUUCUGGCUCCUUGCGGAAUAUAUUUCCCCGUUCGAACUUGGACUUCUCUCUCUAUUUAGCGGUACUGGGACGCAUCAGAAUAGCUAGCUUAUUGGUCUUUGGUCACAGAGCCUUUGUUCCGUUCUCAGAUUAGGUGAACUCGUAAUCGCUUCAAACAUAGCAGUUUCAAAUAGAUCGGCGAAGUAUCAGUAUAGAAUUCUGGAGAUUGUUGAGUUUUAAUUGAGACUAUUAACCGAUCAAUGUUAAAUCACCCCCGAAUGCCCUGGUACGGCCGAGAGUGGGGAGAGUCCGCUCUCCCUCUCGAAAUACUCUCACACGGCCACGCGUAUAUAGCCUCUGCCAGGGAAGUCCUACUCACUGCCUUCUCGUGGCUGGGAUGUUGUUUGCGAAAAUGAGAGGACGAAAAGCGAAUGUCCGGCGCUUUAACCGGAUUCCAAAUCAUUGGUGCACAUGGGCUCCAGUAUCCUGCAGGAACAAAUGGCGUUUGAACCAAUUUUCGGUCACCGGCUACCAUGGGACUGCAUCUCCUUACGAUGCUCCACUGCCUUGUGGAUGAGACCUUCAGGCCGAAGGCUCGGGGUGUGGCCCCCUAAGAAAACCACCUGUUUCGGUUUGGGCACCCGGGCAGUAUCACAGUCUCCACACAUAUAGAAUGAGAUUUGUGUGGCGCAUAUGUACUUGGUGCCUCUUUGUAUCAAUAUCUAUGUGU